CCUGCAUCCGCGGCCGCACGCGGCGGUACCCGGUCGCCAUCGCCAAACAAGCACAAGCGCAAGGUCACGGAGGCAAGGCUGUGUGUUGUGUGGGUGUGGCCGUUGUUGUAUUGGGUGGUGUUGUUGUGUGAGGAGAGGGGGGAGGAGAGAGAAAAACACAAACAAGCGCAGCAACGACAACGAUGAUGCAGACCAGUGACAUCGAAGGUGGUGGUGGUGGUGGGUUGAAGGUGUUGCGGCAGUGUGUUUCCAACUUGCAGGCGCGUGAGCAGACGUCUGGCUGCACCUUCAUCACCAUCACACCUUCCAAGGCGUCCUCGUCACAGUACACGCUUCAAUUUCAACGAGCAGGCCAGCCAUGUGCUUGGACAAUCAUCAUGGGCAGUGGAUCGCAGAGCAUUCCCGACAUAUGCUUUCCUUCCUUUGAGCAGAGCUUUGAGCCAAGCAUCGACGCGCUCCUGCCUGUCUUGGACGCGUGGGACGGCUCCACAACGUCGUACACAGACUUCUUUGCCAUCGUGCUCAAGGUGGACCAGUUUCAUGUGCUUCUGCACGUGCGCAUUUCCUCACGCUUCCCGGAGCAGCAGCCGACACUCAUACUGCAGUCUGUCUACCACGACGAUGCUGCUGGGCACCCAAUCCGUACGCAGUACAGCGAGUACCCGUACAGCCCCCGCUGGCACGGCACAGAGCUCGCAACGCGCAUCAGGACAUUUUUGUUGGAGGAAGUUCCACGGUUUAAACAGAGUUCCAUUAAGAAGCACAGAUAG